AUGCUGGAUGAACUGGAGCAACUAUUGAAAGGUAUCGCUAUGAUGAAAGAGCUGACGCCUAGGACCAGCGACUACCUUGUUUCAUUUGGAGAAUGCAUGUCCACCAGGAUUUUUGCUGCUUAUUUGAACAAAAUUGGUGUCAAAGCACGGCAGUAUGACGCAUUUGAUAUUGGUUUCAUGACAACUGAUGAAUUUGGUAAUGCGGAUAUCUUAGAAGCAACCUAUCCUGCUGUUGCAAAGAGACUUCAUGGGGACUGGAUACUGGAUCCAGCGAUACCUGUUGUUACUGGAUUCCUUGGGAAGGGCUGGAAAUCAGGUGCUGUAACUACUUUAGGCCGAGGUGGUAGCGACUUGACUGCUACAACCAUUGGUAAAGCCUUGGGACUGAGAGAAAUUCAGGUAUGGAAAGAUGUUGAUGGUGUACUGACUUGUGAUCCAAAUAUCUACCCACAUGCAAAGACUGUUCCAUACUUAACAUUUGAAGAGGCUACAGAACUUGCUUAUUUUGGUGCCCAGGUUUUGCAUCCACAAUCGAUGAGACCUGCUAGAGAAGGUGAUAUUCCAGUUAGGGUUAAGAAUUCAUACAACCCUAAAGCUCCAGGCACCCUUAUUACCAAACAAAGAGACAUGGAUAAGGUUGUACUAACUAGCAUAGUGCUCAAGUCAAAUGUCACUAUGUUGGACAUCAUGAGCACUCGGAUGCUUGGUCAGUAUGGUUUUCUGGCAAGGGUAUUUGCUAUAUUUGAAGAUCUAGGUAUAUCUGUGGAUUGUGUUGCUACCAGUGAAGUUAGUGUUUCUGUGUCACUUGAUCCAUCAAAGAUUUGGAGUAGGGAACUGAUACAGCAGGAACUUGACAAUGUAGUUGAAGAACUUGAGAAAAUAGCAAUCGUUCAUCUACUUCAGCAGAGGGCAAUAAUUUCGCUUAUCGGAAAUGUGCGGCAAAUGUCUCUUAUACUAGAAAAGACCGGACACGUGCUGAGGAAAAGUGGGGUCAAUGUUCAGAUGAUCUCGCAAGGAGCGUCCAAGGUUAACAUGUCGCUGAUAGUCCAUGACAGCGAGGCAAAGGCACUCGUAGAAGCUCUCCAUCAGGCGUUCUUUCAAGACGAUGUCCUGGCGCAGGUCGAAGCGGAGAACCUACUCGUUGACUGA